AUGCUGUCCCCUAGAACACUCGCACUACUUGCCUUGGGCUUUGGAGCUAGAUUCGCUUCAGCAUGGGACCAAGCUCCCGCCCUCGCCGGCAAAGGCGCACCCAUCUCCGACUCAGACCGCCUCUACACCGGCGACCAGUCAUCCAACACCAUCACCGUCAUCAAGCCGACUACAGGCGAGGUGCUGGGCACCAUCAGCUUGGGAGACAGCCGACUAACAAACGACUUGAACCCACAGUACGUCAAGGCCGUAAACUCUCACGGUCUCGGCUUCUCUCCCAAUGGCAAACUUAUUGUGUCUCUGGCCAUUACGAGCAAUACCGUGACAGUAUUCAGCACCGAGGAUAAUUCGGUUGUCUCGCAAACGUCUGUGGACCGCAGCUCCCAUGAGGCCUUCUUCGAGAGGGACAACCGACACGUCUGGGUCGGCACGCGAGGCGUUGACCGUAUCGACAUCGUCGACGGGCUCAAGGGCGGCGUAGUCGGCUAUGUCGAAUCCUAUGGAGGUCCGAGUAAGGUCGUCUUCAGCCCGGAUGGGAAGACGGCGUAUGCGAACCAUGUGCGAUCCCCCUCGCUGUCCGUCAUCGACGUAGCCAAGCGCAAAGUCAUCGCCAACAUCACGGGAUUAGGCGACGUCUUUUCGUCCGACAUGAUGAUCUCGCCAGAUGGACAACGGCUCUGGACAGCGCACAAGAUGGUGGGCAAGGUGUCCAUCAUUGACCUCGUCAAGCGUAAAGUCGUUGGCGUCCUGGAAACGGGGGACGAGACCAACCACCCCAACUUUGCCGUCAUCAACGGCACCAUGCACGCGUUCGUCACCGUGGCAUCGCUCAACGAGACGAGAAUGUAUUCGCAGCCGCGGUCCGACAAGAUGCCCGUCUACUUGGGCGCCAUCCAGGCCAGCGGUGUCGAGCCUCACGGCCUGUGGCCCAGCGCGGACAACACGCACUUGUAUGUCGUCAACGAGCACUCGGAUACGGUCGACUUUAUCGAUUUGACCGUCUCCCCCCCAAAGAUUGUCAAGACUAUCAAUGUCGCCCAGGAGGGCCAGUCCAUCAUCUACGUGUCAGGCGCAGUGUCUUCCGCCAGCAACGGCACGCAGAACCUGGGCAAGCAGGGCCUUUUCAACAAGCCGGCACUGAACAAGAUCCUGACGGAAUCUCAGCCCCAGGCAUCUGGAAAGGUGUCACCUUCGUGUCUCGUUACGGUGAGGCCGGAGAUUGGACUGGACAUGUUCCAGGUGAUUGGGCGGAAUCUCGCGUUCAACACGACUUACACCGUUUCGGCAACGGUUGGGGACAAGAUGAUUCCGCUGGUGGAUUUCAAUGCGACGGCGCCGAUGGGAGAUGGAUGCGGGACUGCGCCGCAGGUGUUGGCGUUUUUCAAGUUUAUCGGCGUCUAUGAUAUGGAUGAUUUGGUGAUGACAUCUAAAUCAGAUGCUUAG